AGAAAGAAGAUUUCUUAUCUAGCCUAGGAUCUCUCUCUUUCUUUUUCUCUCUCUACUCAGAAAAUAGUUUACACUUCAGAAGAAGCUCUUUCUCUUUCUAAAAAAUAAAAGAACUCAGUGGCCCCAACAGCAGAAGAUCAAAAUCUCCAAUCUUUUGUUCAGUUUCAUUAGGAUCUGCCCCAGCUUCUUCAAUGGUGUUCCCACUUUGCUCUUUCCUUUUAUUCACUUCAUAAUAAUAAUAAUAUUAUUAUUAAUCUCCAGUAUCAAUUCUCCAUUAUUCUUGAUAAAGAGGUCGUUCCAUGAUGUGGGUCUAAAGGAAUGGGAACACAAGUGCAUAAUAAAGGCUACUUGCCAAGUCAUUAUUCCAUGAGGGACCUUAGUGAGGAUUCUAACAGUAGUAUUUGGCCUCUAUUUUACGGAGAUAAGACCUUCACAAAUGGACAAUAUUAUAAUGGUUUCGUGUCGAGGACAAAAACAGACGCAUAUCCAGGAUAUAAUAAGGAUGUCCUAAAGCAGAAAAUACUUGAACACGAGUCCAUAUUCAAGAAUCAGGUGGUGGAACUGCAUCGCCUUUACAGAAUUCAGAGGGACAUGAUGCAUGAAAUUAAAAGGGAAGAACUGCACAAACUUCGGACAUCAAUGGAUCCCUCCUCUUCGUCAAGCCUCCUAGGAUCUCAAAUACCAUCUGAAGAUGCUCGGAAAUGGCAUAUUACCAGCUUCCCCUCGCCAAAUUCUGGUUGUGCUAGACCAUCUAAAUCGGUUACAGAAGUUGUCAAUUCACCCUUGAGUUUUCCAAAAGGGAAUGGCGGACAGUUUGAUCAAUGCCAAAUGCAAAAUGGUUGUUCUUCAAAUAUAUGUGAAGUUUCGGAGAGACCCUCAAAGGUUCGGAAAAAGUUGUUUAAUCUUGAACUUCCAGCUGAUGAGUACACUGAUGCAGAUAACAGCGAGCAGUUGCGGGUUAAUGUUGGAUCUUUCGAUCCAAGUUAUCGAGUUAAUGGAAACUACAGAGUCGCCCAAGAGAAUAGUACAAGAUUGUUUCUUGGUGAUGGUGCUGCUGCAAAGAGUAAUUGCGGAAAAAGUACCUUAACUUCCAAUACAUGUUUAAGAAGCUCAAUUGAGUUGGCUGAUCUCAAUGAACCAGCUCAGUUUGAAGAAGCAACUCCAUCACCUGUUGAUUUUCUCAGUUAUGGUAACAAUCAUAGAGAGAGUAGAGGCCUAAAUGCUUCUGCUAAAUCAAAUCCAGCAUUUGUGGCUUUUCCAAGAGAUUCCACUAAUGGGUCCUUAAAUAGCCUAGAUGUUGACAGUAAAGGCAAAGAGAGGGAGUGGUUAUCUUCUGCUUAUGUAACUGGUAACGUCAAAGGCUUGGCACCAGUACCUCAGAAUCUUGAACAAGACAAGCUACCUACACUUUCCAAUCCAGCACAGGUAAUGUUUAACAAGGCUUAUCGACCUACUGGAAUCCAUCCACUUCACCCUACAAGAGAUGACCUUUGGAAACAGAGAGCACUGCAUAGUUUAGAGACAUUUCAUAUAAACCGUGAACAUCCAUUUGCUAAUUCGUCGGAAUUAGCCAAUCCAUGGUCACACACUGUCUGUUCUUGGGGGAAACCCAGUGGUAACAUUACUCAGAGUCCACAGGCAUCUCAGAGCCAUGACAUUUUUGGAGACAAAUGGCGAAUCAAUGAUAGUUCUAGGUUGAUUCCAGAUUUAGCUAGUGAUCAACCGAUCUGGAACAGGUUUGACCACGGUUCCUCUUCGGCUUCCAAAGAAUCGCCAGUUGGCUUCCCGUCAGUUGCUAACCGUGCUAAGGUUGAAAAUAUGACAUCUGAGCGAACUUCUAUUAAUGGAUUUCAGAAAUUUCUCAAUAGCACCAAUAAAAUGGACUCAAUAUCUGAAAAAGGUUUCGAUUUGAAUCUGCCAUCUGAGAGUUCAGUAAAUGAGGGAGCAUCAAGGUGUGAUAUUGUGUUGGUUGAUGGGAAAAAAGAGCUUCAAGACCCUCUAUCAGGGUUUCCAUGGCUUAAAGCUAAACAAGCCUACGCAAGCCCACCUUUUUGCCAGACUAACACGUCGAAAAAUGCUUCAUCCCUUGAAGAUUGCAAUAUGAGGGCCACAAAAGAGAAUCGAGAGACCCAAAAUGUCAGAAAUAUUCUUGGGGUUCCAAUUCGUGUGAAUUCCUUGGCUUCCAAUAAUGAAUCAUCUUCGCUUGUUUCCACUUCUGUUACUCUUCAGUCUUCACCUGAGGGAGAAAAUUUUAGACAUGAACGGAGGAAUAUGGUGAUUGACAUUAACAUGCCUUGUGACCUUUCUGUAACUGAGCCUGAGAAACCGGCUGCUGUCAAACCAGUUGUUUUUGAGAAGGUGAUGGAGACGAAAGCUAAAAGUAUUAGAAAUUGCUUCGAUUUGAACUCGUGUAUUACUGAAGAUGAAGAUCCUUUCUCUAUUGAAAGCAAUAAUGUCAAUGUGAAGGCUGUUCUGGAGAUAGAUCUGGAAGCCCCCGUUGUUUUGGAAGCUGAUGAAACUAAUGUGACUGAAGAAGGUGACACGCAACACGAGGAAUCUUCCCGAUUUCCUGAAGACAAAUCUGAGCAAAGACGGGAAGAGGUCAGGAUUGCAGCAGAAGCAAUUGUUGCCAUCUCAUCAUCCAGUCAGUGCAUUCGCAUGGAGGAAGCCUGCAAUGAUCCGUCCGAUGAUCCUUUGGCAUCCUUACAUUGGUUUGUCGAUGUAAUAUCUUCUUGUGCUGAUGAACUUGAGAACAGGCCUGAAAGACGGACAAUAGGCAAGGAUGGCGCGAGCAUUGCACGUUCAACCAAGGAAAUAGAUUACUUUGAGGCAAUGACAUUACAACUGACGGAGACCAAGGAAGAAGACUACAUGCCAAAGCCUUUUGUUCCCGAAGUCCAAAGUUUGGAAGACGCAAGAGCCACUACACUAACAAAUCGAACCCGAAGAGGGCGUGCUAGGAGGGGACGGCAGCGUAGGGAUUUCCAGAGAGAUAUACUUCCUGGUCUGGUUUCCUUAUCGAGGCACGAGGUGACGGAAGAUAUUCAGACAUUUGGAGGGUUGAUGAGAGCUACAGGGCAUCCUUGGAACGCAGGGUUGACAAGGAGGACUGGCACCAGAAACGGAAGAAGUCGGAGAACAGUGAUCGAGACCAUCGCCCCGGACACUGUGUUGACCCCAAUAAACCCUCCUCUACUGCACCAACUUAAUAAUAGGGAAGGCAGUUUGGAGGAUAAAAGCCUAACAGGGUGGGGGAAAACAACUAGACGCCCUCGCAGGCAAAGAUGCCCUGCAGGUAAUCCUCCUCCUCUCCCAUUAAUUUGAAUAUGGGAAUGAGGAUGUAAUUUAUCAAUUCAUCAUUUAUAGAGAUUGAGAUGACAGAUUAGAGACUUCAUGAAAUUCAGGUAUGAAGUUGUUAGCCAUGGGGAUUAUCUGUGUACAUGUCUUUGUAGCCCCCCAUUGUUGAUAUAUCUUCCAUUGGUUUACUGACUUUCAUAUUCUGGGACAGUGCUGGUGUAAUUUCUUGUGGAUUUAUACAGCAUUCCUUUGGGAUAUGUUUAUUUCCUGCCGCUAAGCUGAGGAGAAUAUGAGAUCUUUAAGCAAGUGUUUGCAGAAUAUCAAGCUGCAUUCUUUC